GUGUUAACAGUGACGAUGAAAGUUUUUCUGCAGCAGAUUCUCAACGUUGACGAACAAAAUCAGGUGAUCGAAGUGAACGCUUGGCUCAAAUACAUUUGGCACGACUAUAGACUGCAAUGGCGACCGCUUUCAUACGAUAACAUCUCAUCAAUUCGUUUUCCGGGAGAAGACCAACAACUUUGGCAGCCGGAUAUCCUGCUUUACAAUAGGCAUUUCAGUUUCAGCGCAAACGACCGUUUCGACUCGGCCUACAGAAGCAAUUUGGUGGUCUACAGUAAUGGAGAAGUGAAUUGGAUCCCACCAGGAAUUUUCAGAAUCACUUGUAAAAUGGACAUUACGAUGUUUCCUUUCGAUGAGCAGCGGGAUUCACAAGGGAGAUUUAAGAUUUGCUUUCUGAAAUUCGGUUCGUGGACAUAUCAUGGCUUAGCACUCGAUCUACGCGUUGAACAGCAAGAGGAAGGCGGUGAGCUAUCGAUGGACUUGUCCACUUACAUUCCAAAUGGCGAAUGGCAUCUGUUAAGCGCUCCAGCUAUAAGGGAAGUGACUUACUAUCACUGCUGCCCUGAACCUUACCCUACACUGAAAUUCUACAUGCAUCUCAGAAGAAAAGCCCUUUAUCACAUGUUCAACAUAAUUACUCCUUCGCUGCUCAUUUCGGGAAUGACGCUCCUUGGCUUCUGCCUUCCUGCUCAUGAUAUGAGCGAAAAAAUCGGAUUUCGUGAAUUUUUUUUUCGCAUCGAAUAA